AUGGACCUCACACAAUCGCAGGGGCAUGGAACCCAGAAAAACCCUUCUCCCUCAAAUAUCCGCAGUCCGCUUUCGCCAGGUAGCGGUAGUAGCGGAACCCCGAUCUCAUUCCAACCGAACGUCAAUCGCUCCAAAACGAAACGAUGGGUAGAAGCGAGGCAAUACUCGUAUGAUGGAGGGGACUGGGGCGAUGACGAUGACGACGAGGAGGAGGAAGAAGAAGCGCCUCCUCCAGUGCCUCGAGUCCCAUAUGCUACCCAACAUAAUGGAAGCUCGUCAGAGCUGAGCUCGCGUCGUUUGUCUAGCUUCGGGUCUGGGGCCGAUGAUACGGCCGCAAAGAAGAAUGCGGGAGACCAGAAGCCCCUUCCCUUUGUGAGGCCAGCUGAACUCUACAAGCGAAUGCGAGAGGAGAAAGCUGCUCAGUCCCCUGUGACCGACGGCGCUUCAACCCCCGACGCCACUGGUGCUCCCCCGCAAACCGCUCAGCAAGAACCCUCUGUUGGAUUGCCAGAGGUCAAGCGAAUGUCCAGCUUUGGCACCGAUUUCAUGGGUGACGCAGACUCCGGUCAACCGGAAAAUACGAGUGCAGCCCAACCCGCCUUGCAUCACAACCCCUCUGCGGGAUACCGAUCUGUCGUUCACCAAGCGUUCGAUGUCCCAGAGACCCCUCGGUCUUCAACAACCAGCGUGGAGCGAUCGAACAGUGACGGCACUUCAGUGAUCAGCCCAAUUAUAGGUAGUCGCGCUAUUGAUGAUGAACGGACCCCCACCAUCUUAGAGGAGCCCAACGAAAGCAGCCCCCCAAGGGAAACUGCGAACGGGGGACCUGUGUUCCAUCCUGGCCAUCGGCGGGACCUGAGUCUUCCCAGUUCAGGCAACAGCCCCUCGAAGCGACCCCAGGUCACCGAUCACGAAACACCAACCGGCGACCGCGCGGAAAUAUCGGUCAUCUCUCCCCCAACCCACGAUAUUCCUCAUCCAAGCCUGGAAAACCAUCCCAUAAUGCAGCCAUACCCGAAUAAUGGACAGGAUCGGCCUGCCCCUCUCAAAUUUGGGAGUGCGUCAGGCCCGGACAGCUUCCAUGGCACCAUUCCUACCAUCAUGGGAGCGGAGGAGUCUCCACAGAAUACCGACAACGAUCGAUUGAGAGAAGAAAUCAUCCAAUCGCUGAGCCGGGAAGCCACACCCUCUGAGGAACCCGAGCAGAGAAACCAAGCUCAGUCGCACGCACCUACUGAAUCCAUCCCGCAACAAUUUGAGAAAUAUUGGAGUCCUACAGAGACUCCCAAGGCUCAGACAUCCAACGAUCAGCCUGAACUGAUGAACCCGCAGCCCCUAGCUCCCCAAAACAUAUAUGCAACCAGCCAGGGUAACUCAUCAUCUACGGUCGUUGAUCAGCCAAAGAUUGCCAAACUAGAACGUCGAUUCUCCUGGGAAUCCUCGGAUGGCGAAGAACCCGCGCCUCAGAUUCCCGGAAGCUAUGCAUCGCCCCCUCACGAAACACCUCUGGCUCUGCAAGAACCUGAGCCAAUUCACGAAGACCCUGUCGAGCCUCAACCCGACGUGUCUCGCGACUUGACUGCCUCCGACCAUGAAGGUUCGGAUAACCCACGUUCUGAGAGACCUCGACUCUCCCUUAUUCUGCCUGUGUCCGAGAACGCCUCACCACCGGAGCAGGUUUCGGGACCAGGCACCAUACUCCCUCAACAAACUCAAGUCCUUUCGAUUACCAAGAACCCAGCUCUUGACGAGUCUCAGCUUUUGGGCUUCCGUGACAUCAUCGGUAUCACCUCUAUCAACCAACGAAUCAAGUCGUUUGAACACACGCGUGAUCAGUUCGCGACCCUUGACACCGGUCUGAAUCAGUGGCUCCAGUUCAUGGUUAACGAGCACUCCGAACAUAUCGAUGUGGUCCAGAAGAGCCAAACCCUCUCCCCGGCUGUGGCGGCAUCUUCUCCGUCGAGAAGCAGGUUCCCCAAACUACCUUCUCUUGGCAACCUCGGCUCCUCAAACGAUGGCACCCCGAAUAGUGGCAGCCACAUGAGGCGCCCAUCAGCACACCUGGGAUCUGUGAUGAACAGGCAGAAUGUUGGAGACAAAGGAAAGGAAUUCCUUCACACUGCAGGCGCAUUUAGUGGAAAGGCAAGCGGAGCAGCCAAGGGUCUGUUUGCAAAGGGCAGAAGCAAAUUCCGUCCCAGUGGAGGAUCCGACAAGGUCCAAACGAGUGCGCGGAACUCUGUCUCUUUUGGCAGUUUGCCGCUCUUCAAAUCUGGAAAAGCUGGCUCUGCGCCCAGCUCUGAUCCAUUGUCUUUAGACGGCUCACAGGAUGAAGCUGAUCGCAAACAUGCCCGGGCUGCCAAAUCGGGGGAUAAGUCCAGGUCGCACAACUCCGUCGAGACGGAUGCACAACCGAAGCACCUGUCAGUAUCUAACGCGAAGACUGAUGACUCCGACAAGUCGGCCGCUGCGGGAGAUUUCGAGCAAGAAAUGAAUGCUGCUCUUGGUCUUUCGCCGGAGCCUCUUCCACAGAGGUCGGCAAGCACCCCGAUGGUGUUGCAGCCCAGUCAAGUCAACGGCGUGAGCAAGCCUCCCAAGGAGCAGCCACAGGUACAGAGCAAAGCGACUGGGAUGCGAUCAGUCAGCGAUAUGCCGACGAAGAGAGGGCCAAUCGCGGAGAAGGGUCUGCCGGUGAUUCCUACAGAACCCUUCAAUGUUUCUUUGAAGACGGAUAGCCAGGCAGGCGAGGAACAACGAGGGAAGAGCACUCCAAAUAUCACAGUCUCGUCGAUUCGUCCAGUUUUCGACGAAGAUGCCAACCCGCCUUCUCCCCCUCCUGAGGAUUCUGGCGACGGACCUACAUCCAAUGAGCAUUCUUUGCCACGACAGCCCUCCGUUUCAACGCUUGGACCUGACGAGGCAACCGGGAAACGCUCAUCUGAAGACGACGACUGUGAAAGGGAUCCACCUUCUCCCUUGCAGCCGCCACAGGCCAAUAAUGAACAGACCACUACCCCCCAACAAAUUGUCGAGCGUUCGGUGAAUGGCAAUUCAGUCCCCAAAACUGAAGCCGAGCCAACUGUGGAUGAUAAUUCACUGCCUUCUGCCCCUCUCGAUUCAUCCGAGCAGGCGACUUCUGCGGAAAUCCUCGAAUCCAAGAGGAAGUCAAUCAGUGGCUUGCCCCCUUCAGUCCCGGGGGUACAGAGCCCCCUGAGGAACGAAGUCAGGUACUCUCCAGGAACUCGAAGCAGCAUGUUAAGCUUUGGUAGCUUUGGUAAACACAGCUUUAGUGGCAAGGGAACUCGCCCGACUACUCCUGCCAAUGGUCUAGAUACUUCGCGAUCAGGCUCUCCCGCCGGCAACCGGGAGUCUACGCUCGGAAAAAUCGUGAGCUUCGGGAGGCGCCGACGAGCUUCGGUGGGAGAUCUAUUAUCGAAUAUCCAACUGCAGGGCUCUCAGGGCUCUCAGGACUCGAAGAACUCCCAGGGUGGUCAACGGAAGCGUGCGCUCAGUAGGCUCAGCGGACUUUUUGGUCGACAAGAGUCGCCAAAGCCUGAAGGCAAAUCUCAACAUGCGCGAACUGUUUCGGAGCCGCUACAGGCGAAAGAUCUCCCGGCCGUUCCAUCGAACGGAAAUCUAGAUAUUGCCUCUGCGGAAGAUGGGCCGCCGGUUCUCAGAAACCCAUUUGAGGCAGAGCCUUUGCCAACUCAGCCUGCUGUAUCAACAGUACUGCCAGCGCCAGCGCCACCGUCGGUAGCUCUAGUACCUCCGAUCGAGUCUAAUCCCCUUCGCGAUACACAUCAGCGAGCCAGCAUACCGCUUCCACCCACCUCGUCAACUAACUCUCUGCCAACCGGUCGAUUCUAUUCCCAGCUCCAAGCCGGAAACAUAAGUGAGACACCUGUUGGUUCUCGACAAACAAGAUCCCUCAGCCACCCGCUCCCUGGACAAUCUCGAUCUCCAUCACCGAUGUCAGUUCAUGAAAAUCGAACUGCGCAGCCCCUGUCGCCAUUGGAAGAAAUCCAAGACCACCAAAUCCCACAAGUGGAAGCAGAAGAAGAAAAGCGACAGCCUCCACCAGCCGAAACCAUGGAAUCCCAACUUAGCCCACUGAACGAAAGCCAAGAACAAGAAGAGCAGGAAGAACACAAAGAUCGGGUUCUCGAAGAGCGACACGAACUACACGGGGAGCCCUCUCUUCCCUCGAAGCUGCCCGGAGUUCCCAAGGGCCUCGGCGCCGAGCAGGACGUCCGAUCCCGAAAGCCGACGGGCUCGGACUUCGCUCCGGUCUUUGACCACCGCGCUGUCUCGAAUGUCUCUGUCUUGUCCUCGCAUCCUCAUCGCAGUGAGAAUGAGACUCGAUUGGUUAACGAUACACAUGAGCCGGUGGAACUGGCUAUUACUGCGGAUGACUCCAGUGAGGAGAUUGUCAUGUCCCCUACGUCUUACCCGGGACAGGAGUGGACGCCAGUUCAUUUGUGA